GAACUCACAGCUUUGAACUGACUUUGACUUGUACACCCAUUUUGCACUCACUCAUUUCUCUCUCUACAUUUUUUCUUCAGUUCUAAAUCUCUCGUCUUCAUUUCAAAUCUCUCCAAAUUAGGGUUUUUAAAGUUAACUGCUUCAUUUUAAAUGGAGAAAUCCAAUUCCUUUAACUACCAAACACAAGACACUGACUCACAACAACGCCAACUACACCAAUGGACAGGGGAUUUCGGAUUCGGUACAAGCGAUCGCAGGUACGCUUAUUUUCGGCAAUCUUCAUUUCACCAAUCAGAGCAGCAGCCACAUACUCCUGUUUCAUUUACCAAUCCUUCGCUGCUUUCACGCACCGUUUCAAGCAUUGAUGUGCCGCCGGAGCUUUACAAUUCUAUUAACAAUUACGAUGAAUUCGAGCAAAACGACGUCGUCGAGGAGAAAACCGCUUCCUCAUCGUUUUUGUAUCCAGUGGUUUUGGUAUUUAGGGUUUUAAGAACUGGAAAUAAACAGAUGAAGCGCCUUUUUAUUCUGAUUUCGCUUAAUGUUGCUUGUUCUACUGCUGAAUUGGGGAUUGGUCUCUUAACUGGCCGUGUUGGUUUGGUGUCGGAUGCUUUUCAUUUGACAUUCGGUUGUGGUCUUUUAACCUUUUCUAUAUUUGCCAUGGCUGCUUCUAGAAACAAGCCUGAUCGUGUCUAUACUUACGGGUAUAAAAGGCUCGAAGUUCUGGCUGCUUUUACUAAUGCUCUGUUUCUUUUGUUCAUGUCAUUUUCUAUUGCUGUGGAGGCACUUCAUGCGUUCAUACAAGAAGAGUCUGAACACAAGCACUAUUUGAUUGUUUCUGCAGUGACAAAUUUACUCGUAAAUCUUAUUGGUGUUUGGUUCUUCAGGAACUAUGCUCGCAUUAAUCUUGUCUACAGAAAGGCAGAAGAUAUGAAUUACCACUCAGUUUGCUUGCAUGUUCUUGCUGAUUCUAUUCGCAGUGCAGGUUUGAUAUUGGCAUCCUGGUUUUUGUCCCUCGGGGUUACCAAUGCUGAAGUUUUAUGUUUGGGGCUGGUUUCAGUUGCAGUCUUUAUGCUUGUCAUGCCGCUCUUUAAGGCUACUGCUGGCAUCUUGCUUCAAAUGGCACCGCCUAGCAUACCAUCUUCAGCACUGAGCAAAUGUUUGAGACAGGUUACAGCUCGAGAAGAUGUUAGUGAAGUUUCGCAAGCUCGUUUUUGGGAAGUGGUGCCUGGUCAUGUUGUUGGCUCACUUUCACUUCAGGUGAAGGAAGGGGUGGAUGAUAGACCCAUAUUACAGUUUGUGCAUGGUUUAUACCAUGAUUUGGGCGUUCAGGAUCUUAUAGUGCAGACUGACUACUAAUAAAGACUCAUCCCCUACUUGAUCCAUCGUCGGUACAACUAGCUUUAGAUUGCACUUCAUGAGUUUUUCAUUUGUUUUUUCUGUUAAAAAAUUAUUUUCACGAGAAAUAAGUUACUAUCAAUACAGGGGAAUUUAUGAUCUGUUAUCCCAGAUUCCCAAUGUAUAAUUAUUGAUUUUAUUAUAUUGUCAAUGUAUAAUUACCGAUUUCUGAAAA